AUGAAACUCCUUGCACGAAGCUUCGUAUAUUGGAAAAAUAUUGAUAAAGAUAUUGACGACAAAGUCAACUCGUGUCGAACAUGUCGUCUAGAACAGAACGCUCCACCAAAAGCACCGAUUCAUCACUGGGAAGACCCUGCAGGCCCAUGGCAAAGAAUACACAUAGACUUCGCGGGCCCUAUAUCUGGUUAUCAGCUGCUAAUUGUAGUAGAUGCAUUCUCUAAAUGGGUCGAAAUCAUUCCAACGAAAACAACCACGAGCUCAUUUUGCAUUCAAAAACUAGACGAAUUAUUUGAUACUUUCGGAUUACCCUACACCUUGGUCUCUGACAAUGGUAGACAGUUCACAUCACAAGAAUUUCAGAACUUCUUAAGCAAUAAUGGCAUUGUACAUAAGACCAUUGCCCCGUACCACCCAGCGACCAACGGUCAAGCGGAACGAUUUGUACAAACAAUCAAAAAAACACUGCACAAAUUAGAGGGGGAGAGUGGCGUGAUAACACAGAAGAUCCUAAAAGUUAAGAGGAUACUUCGAGGUACGCCAGGCAGCUCUGGAGAUACUCCCUACAUGCGCAUGUUCGGGAGAGAAGUAAGAACAAGACUGACGGCGAAGAUCCGUGCGCCUCCAAGGUCCCCUCUCCGACCAGCUCCGACUCCGACUACAAUAAAGCAAUUCGCCUUAGGCAGUAGAGUCCAGGCGCGAAGCUACUCUGUAUCUGAUAAGAAGUGGCAGUUCGGUAUAGUGAGACGCCGGCUCGGGAACCUACAUUACGAAAUUGUAAUUGACGACGGACGUGUCUGGAUCCGACACCUGGACCAGCUGCUCCCGGCUCCAGGGAUUCCACGGAAUCACGGCGGAGGCGUGUCAUAG